CGCUUCCGUCCGCUGCUUACCCCGGUGUCAGUUGCAUAUAGGCUACCCCGCGAUCCGCAUCUAUCGGUACUAAUAGCCCGCGCUUACCUAGCCUUUAAAGAUUUUGGGGGGAUCCGGGAUGAAAAGGUAGUAGCCUAUGCGUUUAUCCAGGGUGUCAGCCUCCUUCACACCAAAUUUAAUCAAAAUCCGUUCAAUACUCUUUGCGUGAAACAGCAACAAACUUUCCCACCAACAUUACCAGGAUGACGGACGGUAAACCAGCAAAUGGCUCCCAAAAGCCCAUAUCCCCUGCGGUUUUAUCUCUCGGGGUGGACGUGGAUGGGGUGAUGAAGCAGCUGGGCCAGCUCGGGCGCUUCCACUGCCGCGCCUUCGCGCUCCUGGCGCUGGUGGCGGUGCAGGUCGGCAUGCUGCACACCACGUAUAUCUUCCUGGCUGGAGAUGUUCAUUACAGAUGCCUGAUCCCGGAGUGCGAGUCAUCAAACAGCUCUGAAUACUCCCCGCCCUGGCUGGAGGGCGCUUUGCCGCCCCCGGACCACCCUCUGGAGCGCCGGUGCAUGCGCCGCGCCCCCGCCCCCGCCGCCCCCGCCGGCGCCUGUGACGCCGACAGCUUCAGCCAGGAGCUGCAGCCGUGCACCUCGUGGGUCUACGAGUCUCAUGAUACGAUUGUGGCGGAGUUCGGACUGGCGUGCGCGGAGUGGCAGCGCACGCUGGUGGGCACGGUGCACAACGUCGGCAUGCUGGUGUCGCUGCCCAUCAUCGGGUACAUCUCCGACCGCUGGGGCCGCAAGCCGGCACUGGUGCUGAGCUCGACGCUGCUCGGCGUCAUCGGCACGCUGAAGGCCUUCUCCGUGUCGUACGAGAUGUACGUGCUGGUCGAGUUCCUGGAGACCGUGGCCGGCGCCAGCGCCUUCCCCGCCGCUUACAUACUCACGAUCGAGCUCCUCGGGCAAGACAAGCGCGUGCUGACAACGGCCUUCCUGGGCAUCAUGCUGGUGCUGGGCGGGCUGGCCUUCGCGCUGCUCGCCCGCACCUUCCAGUACUGGCGCACCUUCAUCCUGGUGGCCUACCCGCCGUCUGUGCUGUUUGUGGUUUAUAUCUAUCUGCUGCCGGAGAGUAUUAGGUGGCUGCUGUCUAAGGGUCGCAAAGAAGAGGCAGUAGAGAUAAUAAUGAACGCGGCGAAACUGAACAAAGUGACUCUCUCCGAGGAGACGAUGAGGCAGCUGCAGGAGGAGAAGGUGAAGCCAACAGAUGACAAGAAGGUCGAGGAGGAAGAGGGGCUGUGGACGCAGGUGCUCCACUCGCCGAUAAUCAUGAAGCGGCUGGCCAUCUGCUCGUGGUGGUGGAUGACGUGCACCUUCGUGUUCUACGGGCUCGCCAUCAACUCCGUCGCGCUCGCCGGCGACAAGUAUACUAACUACAUGCUUGUUGUUAGCGUUGAGAUAAUAGCGGUGGUGACGAACGCGCUAGUACUGGACCGUGUGGGGCGCAAGCCCACGUUGCUGGUGGCCUACUGCGUGUGCGGCGUGGCUUGCGUGGCGCUCACUUUCGUGCCGGACUCUCUCCCCUGGCUGUCCACCUGCCUGUACCUCCUCGGCAAGGUGGCCAUCACGCAGGCGUUCAGCGGCAUCUACAUGUACACCUCGGAACUGUUCCCGACUCACGCCAGACAUUCGUUGCUCGGCUUCUGCUCCAUGGUCGGCCGGAUCGGGUCGAUUAUUGCGCCUCAGAUGCCUCUGGCGGCGCUGUACGUGAGCUGGCUGCCCUCAGUCCUGUUCGGAGGCGCCGCCCUCAUAGCGGGCGCUCUCAUGCUGACCACCCCCGAGACCCUCAACACCAGGCUCCCUGACUCCAUCCGGGAGGCCGAGGACAUCGCCCAGCAGGGGAAGAGCAAGACGAACCAAAUGGAAAUGGACGUCAAAUAAAACUGUGUGAAGAUGCCAUUGAAGCACUACCUUUACAGGCCGAUUCACACACUGUUUAGUGCGAGUAGACACGUACAUUGCUGGGCUUGUUGUAUAGUAUUUGCAAAACUUUUGAAUCUGCCAAACAUACCCAGCAAUGUACGUCUACUUAACAUUCGCACUAAACGGGGUGUGAUCGGAUAGAGCCGUUGUUACUUGUUAAUUUGUGAUAGAAGUACCUUUAUCGUAUUAUUAAUCUAGCUCUAGAUGAGUGUUUUUUUAGGUUAUCUGUAAAAUGUAACUGCGGAGAAGAAUCUAUACUUUUGUAAAUUUUUGCCUAGUUAGCGGAUGAGAGUGUUCUUUCGGAUAUCUCCGUAUGCUUUGCAAGUCGGUAGAAGAGCAGUUUUGUAUAAAACCUUAAUGAGGACGUUAGCUUAUUCUAACAGAGGCUGAGGCUAUGGAAGCUGGACUUUUUUCGAUAAGUUUUUUCUGAUGACCAAAAAUGUACCUAUUACGGUAUUAACUUUCCACUAUGUAAUUCAUUGAUCGAGAUGACUAUUUAACUGUGAUAAUUGUAAGCGAAGAGACUAGACUUGAUCAAUAAAAUUUAAAUUUCACAUGAAACCAUAAAACCGUAUUUAAAAUUUUGCCUUCGUACCUAAAUAGACAGGUUUUUUUUUUUACGUUUUCGCGACAGAGUCUAAGGUGGAAUAAAUCCAAUAAGGCAGGGCUUAAAGUUACCAAUAACCUAUUUUUAAAGCAGUGUACACACAGCGCCUCUAAUUAUAAUUUAUUACUAAUUAAGUACCUCAGUAUUAAGUUUAAAAUGGAAUUAAUUAUUUUUUAAGUACUUUAUAGUACGUAUAAAUAUUGUGAAUACUCUAAGUUUUAUUAUGAUAGGUAGGUAGUACAGUGGCCUAUGUAUUUGAUACUGUACAUUCCAUAGAUAGGUUAAAAUUACCAUAAAUUUAAUAAGCUUCUUAAAGUAAAUUUUGAUGUAGACCUUAGAUAAUGUAACUUAUUGUGUAGAUUUACACUUAUCUCAUAAACCCUUUUAUGCAACUGGACUAAGUUAGGUCUAUGUAAGUUUUGGUGCUGCUUAUGGUGAAAAUACAUAGUGACUCUUGUUGAAUAAAUAAUAUUACCUAAUCGUA